CGUACUGAACGCAGCCCUUGAUUCUCUUGACAGCAGCUGAACAAUUUGGAAACUUUCCCGAACUAACUCAAAGACAAAAGGAAAAUUUACUAAAAGUGGGCCCACAUCGUUAUUUUCUCUUUUAAAAGCGUGUCUAGGUGUUCAAAUGUGGAAUUAUUGAUGGAUUCGCGGUAUGAGAUCCAGCGGAGGGCCGGUGGGGGAUCGGCGAAUGCUUCCCCGGCUCUGGGGGCACAGUCUCGCCGCAGGAAGAUGCCGCCCAGACCCGCAGAUUAUAAACUUCAGAUCAUUAUCAUUGGCUCCCGCGGAGUAGGCAAAACCAGUCUAAUGGAAAGGUUUACCGACGACACCUUCUGUGAAGCAUGCAAAUCAACCGUUGGAGUAGAUUUUAAGAUCAAGACGGUGGAGCUGAGAGGGAAGAAGAUCAGGUUGCAGAUCUGGGAUACAGCUGGUCAGGAGAGGUUCAACAGCAUAACCUCAGCCUACUACCGCGGGGCCAAGGGAAUAGUACUGGUCUAUGACAUCACCAAGCAGGAAACGUUUGACGACCUGCCCAAGUGGAUGAAGAUGAUCGACAAGUAUGCUUCAGAAGAGGCAGAGCUGCUGCUGGUGGGGAACAAGCUGGACUGUGAGACAGACCGCAUCAUCACUAGACAGACUGCAGAGAGGUUUACCUCGAGGAUAUCUGGGUUGCGUUUCUGCGAGGCCAGUGCCAAGGAUAACUUUAACGUGGAGGAGUGCUUUCUAAAACUAGUGGACGACAUUCUAGCAAAG